AUGUCAGAAGAUUCUGCUAAAAAGUCACUUGAACAGGUGACUGGUUGGGAACUGAAAAAUGAAGGUGACAUAUUGAAAUUACACAGAGCAUGGAAGGUGAAGAAUUUUGUAAAAGGGCUUGAGUUCUUUCAGCUUGUUGCUGCUCUUGCUGAGGAAGAAGGUCACCACCCAGAUCUUCAUCUCGUCAGUUGGAACAAUGUGAAAAUCGAUGUCUGGACUCAUUCAGUCAGUAAGUGUUUCAUAUGGUUAUUUUGGCUAAUUUAUUUUGACUUCACAUUUACUCUAGGAUUUCACGGACUGUCUUUUAGUCAAAUCUCUCUUUAA